CUCCCGACAGUCUCCCAAGUUUGGAACUUUCCCACGUGGAAGUCUGAGCACAUCUUCAGAUCCGGCGACCCCAAAGACCGUGUUCGGCUUGUUGAGGGUUGAAACCCUGGCCAGUCAAUGCUUUACCUACAGCACAUCAAGACGCUGCAAUAUCCAUGUCUCAGCCCGAUCCGAUUUCCAGCUGUUGGCAUGCUACCCGCCCAGCCUAGAGCACUAUCAGUUGUGAAACAGCGAAGGACGACUGGUAAUUUUUCCAUGAAUCCUUCCUAGGCGAUGGCAUCCCCCUUACUCAACCCACCUGCGAUAGACAAAAAAGAAAAAAAAAGGGGGGGGGGAAACUGUAAACCUAACAAAAUACACAUUGUCUGUCCAACUUCGGCUUGCUGGAAACACCGUAUGAGCAUUGUUCGCCCAGUACGAUCCGUUGCGACAAGAUUCAAACAGAGAGAAUUGAGGACUACAUGGCGGUCGAGCUGUAUUUACACAGCAAGAACGGGCAGGAUGAGGCAAGCAAGAUACGGUCCUUGCGUCGUCUCUGGCGAGGCUCACAGCCGUCGAAAGCAAUACUCUCAGUCAUCACCGAUUCUAAUGUAGUCAGCUCUGGGCUGGAGACGUGAUGGCAAUGCAAGGUAUAGACGGAAUGGGAGAAGAAGGCUGUGGCUCUGGUCCCCUGUGUCGCUAGUCGCCCGCACGCUGCGGCCAUCUGUUCCUCGUUGUGCAAAGGAGAUGGAAGUAGACAUUUGACCAGGAU